AUGGUCGAGGGAGAGGGAGUCUCUUUUCGGCGAAUUGGAAGUGGAUCUGACGGUCGCGAGGCCGAUAUCGUAAUCCUGAUGAUGUUGAUUUACCACGUUCGUAGUGGCCGAUGUAACAUUAUCACUAUGCGUUCUCCUAGGGAUAGGCUGGGACACGGUACGGUCUCUCAUACUAGCGGUACACUGCGGUUUCGAAGGUGCCAGGACGUUGCGCACCUCACCUGUAACAUCCUCCGCUGCUGCAGGCAUACGUCCGCCAUUCGUCAAGCGCCACGGCUUGGCAUAAUCCAUCGAGACAUCAAGCUCAAAAAUAUACUGAUGGAUAAAGACGGACAUCUCAUAUUAACAGAUUUUGGUGUUAGCAAGGAGUUCCUACCGCACGAGAGAAACGGCAACGCGCGUAGCUAUUCGUUUUGCGGAACGAUCGAGUACAUGACACCGGAAUUGAUACAAGGGGGCACGACCGGCCACGAUUUUCUGUCGAUUGGUGGAGCGUGGGCGUGCUAACAUACAAAUUGCUGACUGAUUCGUCACCUUUCUCGCUGGAUGGCAAAAACUAUCAGCACGAAAUUUCGAGGAUUCUGAUGAGCUAUCCACCGUCGAAGCCAAUUCAUCUGAGUGAUACUGUGUGGGAUUUCAUCACGCGUUUGCUCAUUAAAAAUCCGCGAAGAAGGCUGGGCGGUGGACCAGCGAUGCCAAGGAGGAUAACAUUAAUGUAACAUGUUACUGUUACGUCCAGACCCUUUAGAGUCAGGGUCAACGGGAGGGCGUAACCUAUUUAACUCCGCUAGACAAACGCUAGACAACGAGUGUCUCGGAGACGAACGAAUUGACCGGGGGCCUGAGACAGGUCAACGACCGGAAGGGUCGCUUUUACUCGGUCAGUAGGCCGUUCGUUCGGUGGUCCCCUUUUCGAUAAAGGAACUAAAUCCUUAUUAUCCCGGACGGGACCUUGUGCGAUCUCGGGAUAUGAGAUAGGGAACGGGUUAAACAAAAAAAUUAUUUAUAUAUCAAAUUUUCACAUUUAUUUUAUAAUAAAAUAAGAAUGAGAACACAAGAACAAAUUAUUGGUAUUAUCUAAAUAAACAUUGUCCUUAGCUUACUACUUAAUAUACAUUGGUUUUCAACUAUUUUUUUAUUUAUGCGUCUUAGUGUGUAUAUGUGUGUGUGUGUGUGUGUGUGUGUGUGUGUGUGUAUUACGGGAUUUCCUCUAGGAUGCAUGUAGAAGGGGGGAAUUGUCUCCACAGGAUUUUGAUAGGAACAGCGACAAGAUGCUUACACCCCGGGACGAACCACGGGAUUAUGCUGUCGGGCAGGUCCGCAACUCCUCGAGGUCCACCGGGCCGGGCCCUAUACAGAUGGCUCCGUCCGGAAGUGGGUCGUAAAACGGGGGGAACUGGCCCAAUAUCCGGUGGCGGAACUGGUCCUCGGAAAAGCUUUGUCGAUAGGGUGACGGUUCCCGUUCGGACCGAGACGAGUCCUCGGUCUCUGAGGAUACUCUCUCUGCUUCGUUGUCGAUAUCCCGUAGUUCGAGGGGUCUUCCUGGUAAGAGAGGCGAUGAGGGGAAGAAUAGGGGGAGUCACUCAGGAUAAUAAUCAAGGGGGUGGGCGACUCCAAUCUUAAACGGGUAGAGAGGGGUGGAGGAGAAGUAGCUGGGGUAGGGAAGCGAGGAGUGUCAGCCGUGGAUACGUUAAUAUUAAUAUUAAUGUUAAUAUCGCUUGAAAUGUUAGUUUCCGCCUGAGCCCGAGCCAACCUCUUCCUAAGCCGUCUAUUCCGACGGUUACGCGCAUGCUUCACCGACGCACGGGAGGAACGUUUCCGAUUUACUCCUUCCACUGAGGGAGGAUAUAAUAAUAAAUAAAAAAAACGGUUUGGGGAUAUAAAGAAAUCCGAAAUAAUUCUUGGGGUUUGCAACGAACUUGAUAGUUGAUAGAAAGGAAGAGUGAGAGAAUGAGAGAGUCACGGGUAGCUCCGCAAAACGCGAACGACCCUGGGUAACUGAAUAAUAAGAGAGAGAGAGAUAAUGAGAGAGUCACGGAUAGCUCCGCAAAACGCGAACGAUCCUGGGUAACUGAAUAAGAGAGAGAGAUAAUGAGAGAGUCACGGGUAGCUCCGCAAAACGCGAACGACCCUGGGUAACUGAAUAAUAAGAGAGAGAUAUAAUGAGAGAGUCACGGGUAGCUCCGCAAAAUGCGAACGACCCUUGGUGACUGAUAAAGAGAGUGACAGAAUCACGGGUAGCUCCGCAAAACGCGAACGACCCUUGGUGACUGAUAAAGAGUUUCGAAAGUAUGGGAAG